UAUUGUAAGACAUAGCUCUAGAUGAAUCGUUUACCUUUUAAAGUUAGUUAUUCCGUGACGUUGGAAGUGCAAAACCUUUGGCAAGCCUUUAACGUAUACUUUGACUCGUCCACUUGUGAAAUCUCGGUGUCAUCAUUUUUACGAAAGCGAGGAGUAAAAUUGAGUCCAGACCAGUGAAAAAAACUGACAUUGAUGAAUUUUAAUCAAAGUAACAGUCGAGGAAUUCUUUAAACAGGGGCAGAUAGAAUACCCUAAAAUGGAAACGACGUCAAAAGUUGAUAAUGAAAUACUAAAUACGUUACAAUGGACAGAGGAUUCAUACUCCUUAAAAGAUUUUGUUGACGUUUUUUCACUUCCACAAGUUGUGAAAGUUAUCCGUGGUUAUGAUGGUGGUGAACACAGCGCUAGCAUUCGUUAUGGACAAGUCCUUACUCUCCAUGCUAUCAGAGAUUCAAGCAUAUUCCAAGCUGAAGACACAGAGAUAAAAAGCUUAUUGAAACCAAGCCCUUGUGACACUGUUAUAGCCACGACAGUAAGCAGUGAUCAGCACCUGAAAUUUUGUUUUGAAAUACCAAAAGAUUUAGACAUUAAGUUUGUUGUUGCUGAUGGCUUUGAUAAUGGCGCAAAGCAUUAUACAGACAUUGUAAAUGGACUAAAUGAUCGUUUUGAUGUUGUGAAAUUUAUGAACACCUACAAAACAUUGCUUAUCAGACGUCAAGAUCAAAUCCAUAAAUUCGAUUAUGACGUUAUCAAGGAAUACAUCAUCGAUAAAUCAAUAUUUUUGUCAAAACCUGAGGACAAAGAAGGGCUAGAUAUGGUUGAUGGGCCAACCUUUCCUCCACAACGAGUGGAAAAUCUGUUUCAAGCGACAAAAGAGAAUUAUGAUACAACUGACCUUUAUGAGAAAUCGCCAGCAUUUAUAAUGAGAAGUUCGAAUUUUGAAAACAAGAUACCCUCAUCUGACUCCGUUUAUCAGACAUCCAGUUCUUUGUUGUCCAUAUUGGCAGACGCUGACUAUCCUUACAAAUUAAUUUGUAACGUUCCACUCGAUCUGUCGGACAUCAGCGUCAAUGAAGUAGCGGAUAUUUUACGAAAUUUGAAUAUGGGACAAUAUGCAAAUAUUUUCGAAGAUGAAUUAAUCGAUGGAAGAUUGCUGAAUGAACUCACGGAUUCCGAUUUGGAGUCUUUUAAUAUGACUGCCUUACAUCGCACCAAAUUGAUGAAAUUUGUAAAUGGUUGGAGACCCGUUUUCUUCAAUCAAAAUGAUUUAUUUAAUGAGCAAGACGAAACGUUCAAUCCUGUCAUACCAUCAAGUGAUAAAAAAACAUUUUCAGUCGAAAGUGUUGAAUCAUCAAAUGAAGAAGAGAUCUAUGAAGAUGAAAUUCUUAAAGAAAAAGAUACAACCAUGGAUAAAUUUGUAUCUUCGGAAAAUGAUCCUUCUUUUUAUUCAAGUUUCCCAUCAAAUCUUGCUACAAGAAACGAUGAAAAUAUUGAGGAGAAUUCUGACAUCGAUGAAGCUAUAUCAACACCGAACUCUGGCAAUGAAGAAGUGUUUGAUGAAGUUGAUGGGUUUCAACGUAAACUCAAAGACAUAUCAGGACGAAAGAAAAAAAGCUUUUACUUACAGCCAUCGACUGACAUGAAUAUUUUUAAAAAGUCAGUUCUAGCAGGUUCUUCAGUCGAUGGAAUCUAUCAUGAAAACACAUUGAUGGAGAAACCAAAACGAAGCAAAAUUGGAAACCACAAACUCGCAGCUACGAAGGAAAAAUCCAAAGACUCAAUCUAUGAAAACGUUUCUAAUAUCCUUCCAUCUACUACUGUCCACCCCAUAUCCUCUUCUUUUUUUGCUUUCCAGCAUAAUUCUGGCACUGAUCCUUUUAUGGAUAUCUCAAAGUCGGACUGCGAAGGGACUUCGCGUGGAUUAUCUCAGCUGUGACCGUCAGGUUGAUUCGGCAGGCAAUUAACAACCAACUUAGAACUGGAACGGAC